AUGACAUAUAAGUGUUCCGAAUCGCAUUGUAAACGUAUUUUUUCAAAAUUCGACAGUUACCGUAAACAUCGUGAGCGUGAGCAUAUCAAACCGAAUCUUUCGUCAGAAAUAUUGCCACCAUCAAGUUGCCAUAUUGAGAAAAAUGUUCCAACCCAAGUUUCCACAGAAAAAUCAAUUUGUUAUGAUAAUAUUAAUUCGCUCGAUAAUGUUGCCGGAGUAUCAAAUGAAUGUAUAAAUUUUUCAAACUCAGAUGACAAACUAAAAAGCCGAUCAGUGAACUCCAAUAAUUCUCUUGAGUUGCUAAAAUCAGAAAACGUCAAGUUAUUUGCUAAGUUAUAUCAGAUUUAUCAAAGAAACGUCCCUUUUGUUAAUUUGUUGAGAGAUACUGUUUUAGAUCGGUUAAAUGAGCUAAAUAAAAAUUCCGAGGAGAAAAUAAAAAUAAAACAAUUAUUCGAUACAUUGCAGAAUCCAUUUCAUGAGUUUCGAUCGACGUAUAGAUCUCUUGAAAUAUUACGAUCAAUUGGAACUUUUAUUAGAGCAGAUCAUAUAAAUAUAGGAGUUCGUGAUGAAUAUCGAAUAGAACAACAUUAUUGGAAAAGUAGAGUUCAAUCAGAUGAAAGAACUAUAUUACCUGUUGCUAUCUUUUUUGAUGAUUACGAAAAUAAUAAUCCCCUUGGACGUCACCGUAAUAUCAAAAAAUGUGGAGCUUUGUAUUUAAGUAUCAUGUGUCUUCCGCCAAAGUAUCGUUCCAAACUAUCAAAUAUUUUCUUGCUUUUUCUUGUGAAUACUUUAGAUAGAAAACUAAUUCAAAAAUCCGUAUUAUUCGAAAAAGUAAUCGAAGAGCUAGCUUUUUUAGAAAAUGUUGGAAUUACCGUAGAAUGUAAUGGAGAAGAGAAACAAAUAUACUUUCGUUUAGCUACAAUUUUGGGUGAUAACUUAGGAAUUCAUGAAUUGUUAGGUUUAACUCUAAGUUUUAAUUCAACCUAUUUUUGUCGAUUUUGGCUCGUGAAGAAGAAUGAUAUCCACAAUAUCCUUUCAGAAAAAUCAUGUAUUAUGCGGAACCGUGAAAAUAUAUCGGUUGAUAUUAACGAAUUAAUAAAUGGAUUUAGCUAUAGUUAUCACGAUAAAAGUAAUAAACCACCACCGAUUUUAAUGGAACACUUGAAGAAUGAACAUAUCAUUAUGUCAGCUGCCGAAAUGCUCUCUCUAGUACGUAAUUUAUCGGUAAUAAUUGGUCACUUGAUACCAAAUGAUCUAGAAGUUUGGCAGUUAGUAACACGAUUGACUGGAAUAACAAAUAUUGUUACUGCAAAAUUCUAUCAGUAUGAUCAUUGUGAUUAUUUAGAUGUUAUUAUUCAAGAAUACCUUUGGUUUUUGUGUGAACUAUUUCCUGGAAGUAUGAAACCAAAACAUCAUUUUUUAUUACAUUAUAGUAGCGUAAUGAAAUCGUCUUGA